AUGGGCGUCACCCGUACGCACAUCGUCAGGGGUGACUCCCUGGAGGGCAUGCUCGGCGAGUACGGCGGUGGCAAGGGCCGCGGCGGCAAGCCCACGCGCGGCGGCAACGGCGGCGGGGCCAGGAACACGUCCCGCCUCGUGGCGUCGCUGACGUGCCUCCAGUUCGCCUUCGCCAUCUACGCCACCUUCCUGCUCUACUACAUGAGCCCCGCUGUGGACCUCCGCGUGAACGUGAAGCCGGACCUGGCGUGGGCCACCCGCAUCGCGCAGCACUGGAAGCAGAUCAUCACCACGCAGCCCGGCGGCGGCGCGCUGUCCCCGGAGGAGGUGUGCGAGCACGAGAGCAUCGACUUCGAGCAGAAGAAGUCGACGGACGAGGUCAUGAUCCGCCUCAAACGCGAGCUCUACGACGAGGUGCUGGCGUUCCAGCGGCGGAGCUUCGGCGCCGAGACGCUGCCGGAGCUGCUCCGGAUGAGGUCCCGGUGGAGCGCGUCGGGCCCCAACGUGCCGCGCGUCACCGUCAUCCUCAACCACUUCAAGCGCCGCACGCUGUGCGCACAGCUGGAGCAGCUGCGGCGUCAGACGCUGCCGUUCCACCGCACCUGGGUGCUGUCCUUCGGCAGCCCCAACGAGGCAUCUCUCCGCCGCAUCGUCGAGAGCUACAACGACUCGCGCGUCAGCUUCGUCGCCUCCGGCUACGACUUCAAGUACUACGGCCGCUUCCAGAUGGCGCUGCAGUCCGAGUCCGACUUCGUCUACGUCCUCGACGACGACAUGAUCCCGGGCGCGCGGAUGCUGGAGAUCCUCUGCCACGUCGCCGGCACCGACAAGUACGGCAGCGCCGUGCUCGGGAGCAUCGGCCGGAUCCUGCCGUUCCGGCAGAAGGACUUCACCUUCCCGAGCUACCGCAAGUUCCGGUCCAAGGAGGCCGGGCUGUACCUGCCGGACCCGGCCUACGACAUCACCGCCGACCGCAUCGUGCAGGUGGAUUUUCUGUCCAGCUCCUGGUUCCUGCCCGCUGACCUCGUCAAGACGCUCUUCAUCGAGACGCCCUUCACCUUCAUGACCGGCGAGGACCUCCACCUGAGCUACCAGCUGCAGAAGUACAUGGGCGCGGGGUCCUUCGUGCUCCCCGUCGACCCCAACGACAAGGAGACGUGGGGCGACAGCGAGCACCGCCUCGCCUACGUCUCCGAGACGACCGUCAUCUUCAAGGACAUCGUGCAGGUGCGGGACGAGCAGUGGUGGCGCGCGCUCACCUCCGGCUACGUCACGCAGUGGGCGGCCAUGCACCCGCAGAAGGUGGACGCGCUCUUCUACGCGCACUCCCUCGGCGAGGUCCGGGCGCUGGCGCCGCUGCUGGAGCGGUUCCGCACCACGCCCGGACGCAAGGCGUACCUCGUCGUGUCCGGCGGCGGCCACUGCCCCUGCGAGGAGGCCGCCACCAUGCUCAAGUGGCCCAAGGUGGUGUGCAAGGACCGCCGAUUCAAGAUCUUCGACCUCGGGAUCGGCGCGCUGUCCGGCCCGUCGCGCUCCGAGGUGCUCGUGCUCCAGGCCGUCUAUGCCAGCAUGCGGGGCAUCGUCCGGAUGCACAACCCCAGCGUGGUCGUCGCCCUCGCCGACAUCGACGCCAAGGUCAAGGAGGCGCUCCGCAUGGCUGCCGACACCGCCGCCGUCAACCGCACCGCGCUCGUUCUCCUUCCCAGGACCUCCGUCUCCAAAGUGCUCUGGAUGGCCACCCUCAAGCCCGCCUCACUGCCAAACUGGAACCGGAUGCGCAUCUCGGUGAACAUCAUCACGCAGAACCGCGCCAAGUCGCUGCUGCGUCUGCUGACGUCGCUGCGGAGCGCCUACUACCUGGGCGACGAGGUGCCCAUCAGCUUCAACAUGGACAGCCGCGUGGACGCGGCGACGCUCAAGGUGGUCAACUCCUUCGACUGGCCGCACGGGCCCAAGACGCUCCGGCGGCGGAUCAUCCAGGGCGGGCUGAUCCGGGCGGUGAGCGAGAGCUGGUACCCGUCCUCCGACGACGACUACGGCCUCCUGCUCGAGGACGACAUCGAGGUGUCCCCCUACUACUACCUCUGGGUCAAGUACGCGCUGCUGGCCUACCACUACGACCCCGGCGUAUCGCUGUCGGAGCUGUCGUCCAUCUCGCUCUACACGCCGCGGCUGGUGGAGGUGGUGAAGGAGCGGCCCAAGUGGAACGCCAACGAGUUCUUCAAGAAAGUGCACCCCAACACCCCCUACCUGCACCAGCUCCCCUGCAGCUGGGGCGCCGUCUUCUUCCCCAAGCACUGGCGCGAGUUCUACGCCUACAUGGCGGCGCGCUUCACGGAGGACGCCAAGCAGAACCCCGUGCAGAUCCCGAAGUCGCGCACCAACGGCUGGCAGGCGUCGUGGAAGAAGUUCCUCAUCGACAUGAUGUACCUGCGCGGCUACGUCAGCCUCUACCCGAACUUCCCCAACCAGACGAGCUUCUCGACCAACCACAUGGAGCCCGGUGCGCACAUCAGCGCCAAGGGCAACGUGCUCAAGCACAACAAGACGGACUUCGAGGUGCCGCUCGUCGCCGACGACUUCUCCACGCUGCUGCCGGCGGGCAAGAUGCCGCCGGCGUCCAAGCUGCCCGUCGUCAACCUCUUCAACCAGGCCGUGUCCCUCAAGGGGCUCAAGGCCGCCGGCGCCAAGCUCGGCCAGGACGUGCUUGAAUGCGCUGCCAAGGAGCUCGUCGCCGUCGAUCACAUCACCGGCCUGCCCACAAACUGCACCGCCUUUUGA